AUGGCUGCUGUAACUCAUGAUGAAGCAGAUGAUUCUCUCUACCCAAUCGCUGUCUUAAUUGACGAGCUUAGAAACGAAGAUGUUCAACUUAGACUUAACAGUAUCCGUAAACUACCCACCAUCGCUCUGGCACUUGGUGUUGAAAGAACCAGAAAUGAACUAAUCCAAUUUCUAACAGACACUAUCUACGAUGAGGAUGAAGUAUUACUCGUGCUCGCUGAACAAUUGGGAACCUUCACACCAUUGGUUGGUGGGGCUGACUUCGUUCACUGCCUUCUCCCUCCUCUUGAGAACUUGGCAACUGUUGAAGAAACUGUCGUUCGCGAUAAAGCUGUUGAUAGUUUGAGAAAAAUUGCUGACAAGCACAGUACUGCCGAUUUGGAAGAACACUUCAUUCCUAUGCUCCGCCGUUUGGCCACUGGAGAUUGGUUCACUUCACGCACUUCUUCCUGCGGACUCUUCAGCGUUGCUUACCCUCGCGUCAGCCCUGCCAUUCAAGCGGAAUUGAGAACUCUCUUCCGUACCUUGUGUCGCGAUGAUACUCCAAUGGUCCGCCGUGCUGCUGCUGCCAAGCUCGGUGAAUUUGCCAAAGUUGUAGACAAGGAUACCCUUGUAGAAGAACUUCACAACAUUUUCUGCGAUUUAGCUGUUGAUGAGCAGGACUCUGUUCGUCUUCUCACUGUCGAAAGUUGUGUCGCUAUCUCAACAUUGUUGGGCAAUGAAACACGUGAUCUUGUUCGUCCCGUUUUGACCAACUUGAUCGAUGACAAGAGCUGGAGAGUUCGCUUUAUGGUAGCUGAGAAGCUUUGCGAGAUUCAAUCAGCUGUUGGCGAGGAAAUGGCUAUGAAUGAGCUUGUUCCAGCUUUCACUAACUUGUUGAAAGAUCCUGAAGGAGAAGUCCGUGGAGCCGCUGCCCAGAAAAUUCAACAAUUCUGCGCCAAUUUGCGCAAGACUGGACGUGAACAAGCUAUCCUUAACAACAUUCUUCCCGUUGUGAAAGAUCUUGUUAGUGAUCCUAACCAGCAUGUAAAAACUGAAUUAGCCGGUGUCAUCAUGGGUCUUGCCCCAUUGGUCGGAAAAGACCAUACUGUUAAUAUUCUCUUGCCAAUUUACAUGCAAAUGCUGAAGGAUACAACUGCUGAAGUUCGAUUAAACAUCAUCAGUAGUUUGGAUAAGGUCAAUGAAGUGAUUGGCGCUUCGCAAUUAUCUCAAUCCCUCCUCCCAGCUAUUGUUGAGUUGGCCGAAGACAGCAAGUGGAGAGUUCGUCUUGCCAUUGUCCAAUUUAUGCCUCUUUUGGCUACACAAUUGGGACAAGAUUUCUUCGAUGAGAAACUUCUCCAACACUGCCUCACCUGGCUUACUGAUCAUGUAUAUGCAAUCCGCGAAGCUGCUACUGUUAUCCUCAAGGAGCUCGCCCAGAAAUUCGGAGGGGAUUGGGCUAGCAAGAAUAUCAUUCCAAAAGUACAAGCUUUGGCUAAAGAUUCUAACUACUUGCACCGUAUGACUUGUCUCUUCUGUCUUAACACACUCAGUGAAGCUCUUGGAAGUGAGCAAACCGUUCGCGACAUCUUGCCUAUUGUAAAAGAGUUGGUCUGUGACGAUGUUCCUAAUGUAAGAUUCAAUGUAGCUAAGAGUUUAUUCAGAAUAGGAAAGGUCCUAACUCCAAGCUUGCUCGCUUCUGAGAUCAAGCCACUUUUAACAAAACUUGCUACUGAUGCUGACUUCGAUGUACGAUUCUUCACAGAGGAAACUAAGAAUGCCCUCGGCCUUUAA